AAAAUUUAAAGAAGAAGAAGAAGAAGAAACACAGGAAACGUCGUUUCCGGGGCAGCAGCAGCUCUGCAGGAGUUUCUCUAUUCCUCUGAACCAUCGGUUCGGGUCGGUCCAUCUCUAACCGAACCCUACCGCCUCCAGAACCGCAGGCGUCCCGGUUCCGUGGCUCCCGCUGCCUCCCAGCCGGCUGGAAGCUCCAUGGAGGCUAGAAGGUGAGCAGAUGGAAAGAUGGCGGCCGAGAAAGAAGCUGAUCUGAAGAAGAGCUUCAGCUGAGGAACCAAAGAGGAGCUGGAGAUUAUAAUCCAGGACAAGCAUGAAGGAGAACCAGGAAGUAAAGAUUGAGGUGAAGGAGGAGAUCAGAGAGAUGGAGAUUGAGGAGGAGAACCACGAGAUGAAGAAGCUAGAGGAGCGAAUCUGCGAGGAAGUGAGGAAGUACCCGCAUCUGUACGACUCUCGCUCUCCACACCACAAGGACAGCAAGUAUUCCAGCAACGCAUGGAGGGAGAUAGCCAGGAAUGUGGGUCUGGAUACGGCCGAGGCGGUGAGGAGGUGGAAAAACGCACGCGACAAGUUUGUCCGACAGCGGAGGGACAUGAGGGCCAAAAAGAACGGGAAAAGGGUCCCGGCCUUCUACCUCUUCAUGUCCUGGCUGGAACCCUUCGUUAACCACCGACAAACUACCAGUUUCCCUUCAGAGACACAGACAACACAGGAUACAGAUCACAGCUCUGAUCCCAGCUGUGAUCUGAGCUCCGAUACGACUCCUGAGCCCAGCUCUGAGCCACCUUCACCCGCCUGCAACCUGGACAGCCUGUAUGCCUCCCAGCCGUCCACCCCUGUCCCCGUGUCCUCUACAUGUGUGCGCGCUGCCGCCAACAGUUCCGCCUCAGCUGCUCCCUGCAACUCCUCCACCAGCCGGCCCCCUGCGUCACCCGAUCCCUCCGUGAGACCAGCCCCCAAGCGAGCGACAGCCAGCCAGACCAAGCGCAAGCGCACGCGCACCGAUGACCUGGACAUUCAGGCACACCUGGAGCAACUGGCUGAAAGUCGGCAGAUGCUUCAUCGCAGUCUGCAGCAGGAUGACUGCUCAUCCUUUGGGAUUUUCAUGGCGGACUUGCUGAGGAAGGUACCGGUGGACAGUAGGGACAUUGUUACCAGGAAUACCAUCAACUACAUGUAUGACCAGAUGGAUCGGGUGCGGGCAGCGGCGCAGACCCUGAACUGACUGUUAUAGACUCUGAUAAUAAUGAUUCAUUGUCCAAUACUGUCUGUUGUUGCAUUGCAUUGAAUAUGUAUCAUAUCUACCAUAGUCUGGAUGUACAGAGCCACGGUUUUAACACUAAAUAUGUUUUUUUUAUUGG